GCGGCUAAUAUGUUUGUCAUUUUUCCUUUUUAGAUAUAGCGGCUACUUAUAUAUUUAUCUUUUUUCCUUUUUAGAUAUAGCGACUAAUUAUAUAUUUAUCUUUUUUUCCUUUUUAGAUAUAGUGGUUAAUAUUUGACCAUAGGUGUUCAAAAGUGGAUAUUACUUAAUUCUCCCAAAUAUAUGAUGAUGGAUUUUUAGUAUAAAAGUGAAAACCUUCAAGAGGACAUAUUAUUAAUCACAUCAAAAUGAAGCAAUAUGGCAAAAAGAGUUGGUUGAGAAGAUAUAAUAUCAGAAUUGCCUUUGCAUAGCAUUCAUCACAUCUUAUGUCGCACUAACCUUGACCUCAAAGAUGCGGCGAUAAGUUGUAUGUUAUCCAAGAGAUGGUACCAUUGCUGGACUUCAAGACCUAAUUUGAUAUUCAAUCAGUUGCAAGGCGACAAACUUAUGCCCCUUGAAAACUAUGCCAAGUUGGUUGAUCAAUCCCUGCAAUCCCAUAUUGAUAAAAAGUUACAUCUUGAACAAUUCAUCCUUGCUUAUUGUGAUCCAGAAGUGGAUUCUCACCUGGAUACUUAGAUUGAAUUGGCGGUUAAACUCAAUGUCACAGAGCUGGGGGUUCACCUUACCUUUUUAACAUCAUAUAGAUUACCUGAUGUUAUUUAUGAUGCUAAAUAUCUGAAAUCAUUGUCAUUAAGUAGGUGCAAGAUUGAAUUUGAUAUUAGCACCACUCACAUAAGAUUUUGUUGUCUUGAGGCUCUUUCUUUGUGCCAUGUCCAUAUUUCAGAUGCACAAUUACAAAGAGUUAUCAACAGAUGCCCAUCUAUCAGGAUUCUAAGUUUAGAGUAUUGUGAGAGUAUAAGCAAAUGUCAUAUUUUUGGCCUGGUACAUCUCCAGUAUUUGACUACAACUUCUUGCGAACUCCAUAGUGUGAUAGUCCAAGCUCCAUAUCUCCGAUGCUUUAGAUAUAAAGAAUAUGCUGGACGGGAAAAUAUUCUUCCUUGCGAAAUUGCUAUUUUGGAUGGUUACAAUACUUUACAAACACUCGAGCUCGUUGGUGCCAGCAUUACAGGACAACAUUUUCAAGAUAUAUUCUGCAAGUUCCCAAACAUUUCAGAAUUGGAACUAGAAAGUUGCUAUAAGCUGAAUCAUAUAGAGAUUCAGAGUGAAAAACUCAAGAAAUUCACCUUAUUAUUAGGGUUGAACACACUGGAAAAACUCACGAUUCAAGCUCCAAAUUUAUUGGACUUUGAUUUUCGUGGUACUAAAAUUCCCUUCUCAUAUAUGAAUAUGGAUACUUCUUCCCUAGAAAGAGCCCGAUUCCAUUUCUUCAUGCCCGCCACACACUUUGGAUCAGUGGACAACAGUUGGUACACGAGUCUUCAUCACUUUGUUCAACAAUUCAAAUGAUUUCAUGUUAAUAAUAUCUUGCCGCGAGGUAGUUUACAUUAUUUCUAUGCUUAUGCCAUUGAUUUAUGUUAAAUUGGGUUUAAACUAUGCCAUUGACAAAAUUCUUGCAGACCAAAAGCAUCUUUAUUUAUGAAAAUCCGAGAGAAACUGUUAUUCCACCAACCCAUGCUGUCGAGAUAUUCUUUGCAUCUAUGAUGCGUGUUGAAUCGAUCAUUGGAAUGUUAAUGUACAAGAGUCCCAAUAUCAUUUCGAUAAUUGCAUGUACAGAUGGCAAAGCACUGCAGGUGAUGUCUACACUUAAAGGGUGUAUACAAAAGGAAAAUUGUGGUAAAGAAUGUCCAUUCAAGACCAAGUGGCAUCGUUACUUAAAAGAAGUCAUCAGUUGUAGAGGGACAUCUGAAGAGGGAAUGGCUGCCUCUACGUGGUAUCUAUGGUUGAAAUCGACAUCUCUAAUUGACCAAGUGAAUAAUUUCGUGUUAAAAUGGAAAGAUGAUGAAGCCUAGACCGAAGAGUUUGGCGGCUGAGUUAAUUAGUGUGUUGAGCAGAAGUAUGAUUUAUCACAUAUCUUAGUUGCAGUUGAAAUAAAUAGAACAGAAUUCCUAUAUCUUGACAAUGGAACAUAAAACUCUGUUCUGAACUCUUUGUGUCGAUCUAACUCAUGCUAAACGUAUAUUCGUACAUGCA